AAUGCCUGAAGGAAUUUACGUUUCUAUUCUGCUACCAGCCUUUUAAGUAAGACAUGAAAAUUAGAUUGUAUGAUAUUUAAUAAAGCAUUAAGGAUAAACUUUUAAAAUAAACAUUGUGUAUAUCAUCUUAAUCUUAUGAAUUAUUUGAAAUUCCAUCAAAAAUUGGCAAAGAAUUUUGUGUUAGAUUAAUCUAAAAUUGUAAGAUUAAUUGGAUCAUCUUAAGCUUUUAAUUUGCAAGACUUAGAAAAGUUAAUGGAAGAUAAUCGUUCACUUUAAGCAUCAUAUUAAAAAUGUAAAGAAUCUUUAUAGGCACUUAAUUGUGAAUUGGAAAAAAUUAUGAAUGACCCUUAAGCUUUAUCAGAGACUGACAAACUCAAACAUCAAAAGUUAACGACAAAAUACAAAUAAGUAAAUGAUGAAAAUAAAAGACUUAGAUAACAUUUAAAGUAUAAAUAUAUAUUUGAUCUAGAUAAUUGAAUGAAGAUUUUUGUAAACAAAGAGUAGAAACAUAAACAACCUUUGAUUCACUUAGAGAAGAAAUAGAUUUAUUAGUAAAGGUAUUAGCAAAUUUCUUAAAUAAAAGGAACUAGCUCCAUUUUAAUAAUAGAAGAAACAAAAUGAUAUUUUAAUAUCUAAUUGAU